AUGGGGGACCAGAAGGAUGCCCUGAGGAAAAUCAUCACCACUCUUGCUGUGAAGAAUGAGGAAAUCCAGAAUUUCAUCUACGUGCUCAAACAGAUGCUCCAAAAUGUGGAGGCCAAUUCUGAUCGGGUGCACCAAGACCUUGAAGCUGAGUUCCAGUCGCUGUUUACCCUGUUGGAGGAGGUGAAGGAAGGGAUGCUCAUGAAAAUUAAGCAGGAUCGGGCCAGCCGGACGUAUGAGUUGCAGAGUCAGCUGGCCACAUGCACAAAAGCCUUGGAGAGCUCGGAAGAGCUGCUGGAAACGGCCAACCAGACCCUUCAAGGCGCAGAGAACGACAACUUCAACCAGGCUGCUAAACAGAUCAAGGACAGUGUGACCAUGGCGCCCGCGUUCCGGCUGUCCCUCAAGGCGAAAGUGAGCGACAACAUGAGCCACCUGAUGGUUGAUUUCGCCCAGGAGCGGCAAAUGCUUCAGUCUCUGAAAUUCCUACCAGUCCCCGGCGCGCCCGAGAUCGACAUGGCUGAGUCGCUGGUGGCGGACAACUGCGUGACUCUCGUCUGGCGGAUGCCGGAGGAAGACAGCAAGAUUGACCACUAUGUGCUGGAGUACCGCAAGACCAAUUUCGAGGGGCCGCCCCGGGCUAAGGAAGACCAGCCCUGGAUGGUCAUCGAAGGAAUCAAGCAAACCGAGUGCACCCUUUCCGGCCUGAAAUUCGACAUGAAAUAUAUGAACUUCCGUGUCAAGGCUUGCAACAAGGCUGUUGCAGGAGAGUUCUCAGAGCCGGUCACCUUGGAAACGAGAGCUUUCAUGUUCCGCCUGGAUGCCAGCACGAGCCACCAGAAUCUCAAGGUGGAAGACCUCAGUGUGGAAUGGGAUGCCAUGGGCGGGAAGGUGCAGGACAUCAGGAAGGAUGGGAAGGGCCGUACCGCUUCUCCCGUUAACUCUCCAGCCAGGUGUGUCCAGUCUCCCAAAAGGAUGCCCACAGGCCGUAGCGGGAGGGACCGUUUCACUGCAGAAUCCUACACGGUGCUGGGAGACACCCUGAUCGAUGCCGGAGACCACUACUGGGAGGUGCGUUACGACCGGGACAGCAAAGCCUUUGCCGCCGGGGUGGCUCACCGAUCCCUGGGCAAGUUUGACCAGCUGGGCAAAACAUCCUCUUCCUGGUGCAUUCACCUCAACAGCUGGUUGCAGGUCAGCUUCACGGCCAAGCAUAACAACAAAGCCAAAGUCUUAGACGUCCCCGUCCCGGACGUGAUUGGCGUGUACUGCAAUUUUCACGAAGGUUACCUCUCAUUCUACAAUGCCAAAACUAAGCAGUUGCUCCACACUUUUCGGACCAGAUUUACCCAACCGGUUCUUCCAGCUUUCAUGGUUUGGUGCGGCAGCUUCAACGUCUGCUCUGGGCUGCAAGUCCCCAGCACCAUCAGAUGCCUUCAGAAGCGCAGCAGCGCCACGAGCAGCUCUAACACCAGCCUGUCUUAG